GAGCUCGCAUCCUCGCCGCGGAGCAGAGAGCUGUGAGCUAGCGAGCUAGCUAUAGGCUACUGCCGCCUCACGUUGUAGUGGGCCGUACGCGUUUGCGUGCUAGUUAACGGCGACCUUGGCUUGACUGGAGCCAUGGGCGUGGGCAAGGUCCUGAACGACGUGAAGCCGUACCUGGCGAUGGUGAUGCUGCAGGUGGGGUUCGCCGGGAUGUACAUCGUCGCCGUCGCCUCCCUCAAGCGCGGCAUGAGCCACUACGUCCUCGUCGUCUACCGCAAUCUCGUCGCCACCGUCGUCAUGGCCCCCUUCGCGCUCCUCUUCGAGAGGGGAGUGAGGCCCAAGAUGACGGUGGCAAUCUUCCUCAAGAUCAUGGGGCUUGCCCUGCUUGAGCCUGUGCUUGACCAGAACUUGUACUACAUGGGCGCGAAGCUGACCUCCGCGGGCUUCGCCUCUGCCCUCGUCAACAUCCUCCCCGCCGUCACCUUCCUCAUGGCCGUUCUUCUUAGGAUGGAGAAGUUGAGGCUCCGGAGCCUCCACAGCCAGGCCAAGAUCGUUGGCACGGCCUGCACCGUCGCCGGCGCCGUGCUGAUGAUCCUCUACCACGGCCCGGUCGUGCAGUUCCCGUGGUCCAGGGGCCACCACCACGGCACCGCCGCGGCGGCGAGCCAGAGCGGCGCAUCCUGGCUCAACGGCACCAUCAUUGUCGUCGCCAGCUGCGUCUCCUGGUCCGGCUUCUUCAUCCUCCAGUCAAACACGCUGCAGAGCUACCCCGCGGAGCUGUCCCUGACGACGCUGAUCUGCGUGCUGGGCUCGGUGAUGAGCGGCGCCGUGGCGCUCGUCGCGGAGCGCAGCGACAUGGGCGCCUGGGCCAUCGGCUUCGACACCCGCCUCUUCACCGCCGUCUACUCCGGGAUCGUGUGCUCCGGCGUGGCCUACUACGUGCAGGGGAUCGUGACGCGGGCGCGCGGCCCGGUGUUCGUGACGUCCUUCCAGCCCCUCUGCAUGAUGAUCACCGUAGCCAUGGGCUCCACUAUACUCAAAGAGGAGAUCACCUUAGGAAGUGUUAUCGGCGCCGCGAUCAUAGUGGUGGGGCUCUACUCCCUCAUCUGGGGCAAGAGCAAGGACCACCUCGACAAGGCCGGCGCCGCUGCCGUCGCCGAGCUGCCCUUGACGUCGGUGGUGGCCGAUGUCAAUGGCAACGGCAAGCACGUGCUCGGCGCCCAUGUCGCCGACGUCGAGGCACCGACUGUGAAGUGUGCACACUGACCAGCCGAAGUUCCAUUACACUACACACUAGUGCACUGUCUGUGACUGUAACGCCUGUAUUUUCCGCAGAAGAAAUGUGCUGCUUCGAUUGCUCUGCUCUCGUAGAGACGGGACUGAUAUCGAUCAAUGCGCUGACCACUUUUAAUUGACUUGAUCCA